ACAGCUAUUUUCUCAUGUGAGGGAACCAUGAUCUCUCUCACUGCAGUUUAUAAGUAGAUGCACAACAUUGAGCUGCACACGCUGAAAAUGUCCUGUACACGACUAAGGCCCACGUUAUCGAGGCACCAUUCUCGACUUCUCCCUUACGCGAACGUAGCGUGUCUGCAACAUAAGUGCCGAUAUUCGUCAAUUAUCUCACCUGCCCAAGAAUCCCCGCUCAACACAUGGAUAACCCAAACUCUCCCUGUUACAAAAGAACACAAUGACUUCCUCUCCGCCUCUAAGCUUGCUGAUCUCUUCUGCACAUUGCCCACUCGAUCUCACACCUCCCAGACGCGCGCCUUCGCACCUGGAGCUUCACUAAGCCCUUUACAUACUCUGGUGUUUUUCUAUCCACGUUCGACAGAAGAUCAACUCGGCACGGACAAGACAGAUCGUGAAUUUUGUCCGCCUGAGCCGUUUACGAGACGCAUGUGGGCUGGUGGGACGUUUCGUUUUACUCAUAAUCGAACGGAUGGAAGCUCGAAUGGUCUGCAAGUUGGCAGAGAGGCGACAGCACGCGUGAAAAUACCUAAGGUUGAGAAGAAGGGCUUUGAAAAGGGUUCACCAAUGGUGUUCGUUCACCAAAAUAUCGAUUACGCGCACAAGGGCGAAGAGGAACCACUCGUUAGUGAGGAGAGGAUUCAUGUGUAUUUGCCUCGUGAGAUGCGUGCCAAUUCGAGGGUGGCACGAGAAGUCACUGGUUUACCUAAACUACAUUACACCUUCUCGUGGACGCCAUCCCCGACCACGCUGUUCCGUUUCUCCGCUUUAACAUGGAAUGGGCACUUGAUCCAUCUUGACCCCGAAUAUGCGCAGAACGAGGAAGGUUAUCCAGAACGGCUCGUCCACGGACCUCUCACAGCGCUUAUGCUCGUAGAAGCGCUGUAUCAUGAAGGUUACUCCGGACGUAUCGAUAACUUCGUUUAUCGCGCACGAAAUCCUACGCUUGUAAACCGACGGCAGCAUCUUCGUGGUGCAUUCAGCCUGAAUGGCGACAGCGCGAUACUAUGGGCGGAAGAUGACGAUGGCGUCGUGGGCAUGACAGGCACUGUCGACUUGCUUGAUCCUGUUUCAAGCAAGUUCUCUUAGUUACUCUACGGGUUGUUAUCGACGCAGCGCAAUGGGACUUGUAGACCGCGUUGAGGAAUUCC